GUGUUUUGGUCCGGAUCACAGGCUGGGUUCGUUCCGCAGCGCCGGGAGCAGGCAGGAGGUUUCAGAGACGUCGGUGAAGAGGAGGCUCCGCGGCUUCAGCUACGGGCGUCACCACUUAGCGCCGCGAGCGAGGAGCGCGGCGUGAGCGACGCUCGGAGCCGUGUGACGGAAGGAGCCGCCGCGGACGGCUGCAGAGCGAAGAUGGUGCAUUUUCAGUGAGCCCUCAUCACGUCGAGCGCGUGUUUAACAGAAUGCCGUCUCUCUCAGAACAGCUGCAGGAGGUGCGGAGUCGGGCCGAGGUGUUCCUCUACUCUGGAGGCCGGGUGGUGGAGGUGCGGGCAGGUGUGAUGGCCAUGGCCAACCUGCAGUUGCCGCCCUGCUCCAAGUACCAGCACAUCGCUGCAGAAACCAUGGUGAUGGACAACAGCUUUGGUAGCAACAGAAAGGAGACUCUUGCGUCUCUACAGCGCUUGUCCACUGCACUGAACAUCCUGGAGAAGUACGGCUGUAACCUGACGAAUCCCAACAGGCCAAAGUACUGGAGGACAGUGAAGCACAACAACCCUGUGUUCAGGGCCACUGUUGAUGCUAUUCAGGGGGGAAGGUCGGUGCUUUGUCUUUACGGUUAUUCCAAUCAGCAGCCAGAUGGACUCAGCUUCCCUGAUGAUGUCAUGGACCCAGAUGUGGGUCGCGUUGCCGCAGUAACACUGGAAGUCAUGAGUCUGAGGAUGGAGCUUGAGAUGCUAAUUAAGGAGGCUCAUCCCCACCCUGAGUUCUAUGAGAGGAUCAUCCCUACGCUGAGACACAAGGAUGUGGGUCUUAACACUGAUGCUGUGCUCUACCACUCCUCCUCCUCAUGCCACUCCGACGGCCAGACCAAGUCUUUAGCCUUUCCUGUCAGCCAUCACGCUUCCAAGGAGCUGAGCCGUGGCCACUCCUUGGUCCAUCAACGGCUCAGAUCCGUCCAGGUCUCCACCUCCUCAAACAAACACUCAGAGAAGUGCACCGUGUGUGGAAUAUCCCGCAUCUCUGCCCAUUGUCUCACCUGCCUCCAGGGGCUCUGCUCAGAAUGUGACAGACUAUACCACUCCAACCCUGAGAGGGCCAACCACUGUCGAACCGCUGUGUCAUCGUCUUCCAAAAGCAGGACCAGCCACUGUUCUUCUACCUGGAGUUGCCUUCACUGCGCUAACGUCAACUCCAUCCAGGACAUGCUGUGUGAGGACUGUGAGCGGCCGCGCAUGAAAUCCAUCAGCUUCAAAGCUGACGAGUCUCAGCCUGCGACCAUCACUGAGUGGCAUUGUAAGAGCUGCACCAUGGUUAAUGCAGCGAACAGUAUUCUGUGUGAAGUGUGUGAACGACCGCGUUUGGCUACACGACCUCCAGUGACGCCAGCAAACCCCCCCAUCACCCCACCACGACCACCAGCUCCCGUCCUGGGCAUGCCCGGCGAUCCCGACAGCCAGUGGGUGUGUCAGUUCUGUACCUAUCUGAACUACUCCCCUGCCACUGUGUGCGAAAUGUGUGAUCUGGCUCGUCCAGAGCCGGCCCCGCUGCCCGUGAAGCUUCGCCCCCCCUCCCCAGUCAGACGGGUCCCAGCUCUGCCCAUCAAACCUAAGGAGGCCGCCCCUGAAGACCAGGACGUCUGGAGACAGAGGAUGAUGAAAGAGGAGGGACUGAAGCUAAUUCAACUGAUUAGAGAUGGGGAGAAGAAAGGAGUGAGUCCAGAGGAGGUCUACACGAGCAUCAGGGUAUCUGGGGACAGCAGCAUUCUAUUGUGCAAGUGGUUAAAAGCAGAGCUUCCUCUGAUGUUGGACCAGAUCCGAGUGUCUGUGGCGGCAUCCGGCAGAACGGAGCUCACAGUCAGUAUGAAGUCUGUUCAGUUGUCAUGCGUUUCUAUUCCUCUGGGUGACACUAGUGGUUCUCUCACACAGGACACGUCGUUUGAAGCUCCUAAGGGUUCUGCAGCAGAGGUGGACCCGUCAGAAGCUGCUGUUCAGCUGUCCGUGGCCGAGGCGAAGCAAGCGUGGCUCAUGGCAGGAGGUGACACCGAGAGAGCUGCUAAGCAAGCGCUGAGAGACAGGCUCGUCAAGGUUAAAGAGCUGAGUUUGCUGGGCUUCAGCGAUGAGGCUCGUUGUCACGAGGUUUUGAAGCAGAGCGGAGGCGAGGUGAGAGGGGCCCUGGCCCUGCUGCAGCGCCCCCUGCUGGAAGCCUUCCACAAGCGUAUCUGGAGCGGCAAGCCUGAGCCUCCUGUAGACAUCCACCACCCCGACAAACAGCGUACAUGCCGGAGGCUUCUGGCCAUGUACGAUCUGCCCAGCUGGGGUCGCUGCGAGCUGGCGCUGUCGCUGCUGUCAGAGCACAGUGCCACCUACUCACUGGAGGAUGUUGUGCAGGCUGUGAAAGAGUCCCACGACAGGGAGUUCAUCAAGAGAGUGCUGGCCAAAGAGUGUCCCAUAUGCCUCUCUGUGUUCCCCCACAGCAAGAUGCAGUCCCUGACAUCGUGCCAGUGCUCAGUGUGCUGUAGUUGUUUCCAGCAGCACUUCACCAUCGUUGUAAGAGACAAACACAUCAGAGAUAUGGUGUGUCCAGUUUGCUGGGAGCCGGACAUCAACGACCCUGAACACCUCAACAGCUACUUCUCCACCUUGGACAUUCAGCUCAGAGAGUGUCUGGAGCCAGAUGUCUACGAGCUGUUCCAUAAGAAGCUGACAGAGCAGGCUCUAAUCAAGGACCCUAAGUUCCUCUGGUGUUGUCAUUGUUCCUACGGGUUCAUCUAUGAUGGAGACCAGCUGAAGGUCACGUGUUUUCAGUGCCGAAACAGUUUCUGUGCUCAGUGUAAAAAGCCUUGGGAGUCUCAGCAUGCGGGGUUGUCGUGUGAACAGUACCAGUCAUGGAAGCGAGAGAAUGAUCCAGAGUACCAGAGGCAGGGCCUGGCUGGGUACCUGAGAGACAACGGCAUCACGUGUCCUAAUUGUCGCUUCCAGUACGCACUGUCCAAAGGAGGCUGCAUGCAUUUUUGCUGCUCACAGUGCCGCUACCAGUUCUGCAGUGGCUGCAACAACCCUUUCCACACGACCUGUGCAGUAGAAGAGUGCAGCGUGUCUGGACUACAUGCCCAUCAUCCAAGAGACUGCCUGUUCUACCUGAGGGACUGGGAGCCUUCCAGACUGCAGGCCUUAUUGCAGAAUAAUGGUGUGGUCUUCAACACAGAGCCGCCUCCUGGGACACAGACAGGGCUGUGCGGGGUGAUAGAGCAGAAGGACGAGGGAGGGCAGCAGACGGAUUCAGCGUGUGGCGCUCAGACGCAGCCUGGACACGCUGGGCUCUGCGAGAAGCACUACCGGGAGUACCUGGUCAGCCUGAUCAACAGCCACUCCAUUGACCCGGCUCCGCUGUACAGCUCCAGCGAGCUGCUGCUGGCCUGCAAGCGCUACAAGGUGGAGGACGCCCGCAGGGAUGGAGAGGACGGCUUCACCUACUGCAGCAGGCUGCUGGAGAAACUGAUGGAUGAAGUCCCUCUUGGUGACAAGGUGCCACGUAAGAAAUAAGACGUGCUCCACUUCCUGAUUCCAGCAGAGAUUGUCAUUACUGAAGACACAAACGUGUCCAAAUGUGUGGAUGUGUAAAUAUUAGCUCAGCUUUCAUCAGGGCCUCAAUUCAUAUGGUUCCAGUCAAUCUGCUGAACAGAACACGACAGCAGUGCAGACCAACUGAGGAUUAGUUCAGUCGCCUCACAGCAAGAAGGUUCUGGGUUCGAUUCCCGGAGGCGGACCUGGUGCCUUUCUGUGUGGAGUUUGCACGUUCUCCCCGUGUUCUCCCCGUGUUCUCCGGGUUCUCCGGCUUCCUCCCACAGUCCAAAGACGUGCAUUAGGUUGAUUGGCUUCUCUCCAUUGCCCGUAGGUGUGAGUGUGUGUGUGAAUGGUUGUGUGUCUAUGUGUUGCCCUGCGAUGGACUGGCGACCCAUCCAGGGUGUACCCUGCCUCUCGCCCGUAGCCAGCUGGGAUAGGCUCCCAUUGUCUUUCAAAAGAUGCUGAGGUCCCAGAUGAAGUUGUAGAACGUGAGCUGAGAGACAGAGUAAAGUGAAGCUACAGUAGCUCAAGUUGUACUGAUGUGAGCGCAUAUUGAGCUGAGUACUGUCGCAAAAACACUCAAGGCCUCAGCUUUUCACAGUAAUAAUAAACAAUAAAACCACCACAACCAAGAUGAAGCUAAAGAUCAGUGUGUAAUAAAGGGAGGAAAACUAGUGUUGCUACUGACACAGAUGUAGCUCAAACCUUUAGUUCAGACUUAAUCCCACUAUUGUCUCUGUUUAAUUGACUUUUUCACGGUUUGUUGCCUGUAAAAUACUUUGUACUACUGUGCAUGUUUCAUACCUUCAUCAGAAUUAAUUUAGAAAUGUCAGCUACAUAUCUGACUCACACUCUGCUGCAGAUGCAGAUGAGCCCAGAGUGUUUUCAGUGUGGUGGGUGCUUCCUGUGUUCUGUAGAAACACUCCACACACUAUGUACUGUAUGACUGAGCUGUAUUUAAAUGCCUUGUCAACCUCUGCACAUAACAUAGGAGCAUCGACAUUACAGCAACAAUUAGACAAAGGCACAUUCAGUCUGAUUCAUUUCCUCAUAUUAUACUGUUGACGAGUUCCUAAUGUGUCGACUCCUUGUGUGCCAAUGUGCCAACAGUACCAUGUUUAAAUAAAAGGACCUACGCUGCAGGA